AGUAGAGAGAGAUCUCAAUUUAGGAAAUUAGUGCUUCAGUCUACUGUCCUCUAGGGGAAUUUUACUUGAUUUCUUAACCAAAUUCAACCACGAAAAUCCCUCCGCCGACCGCCGAUAUCUACAGCAUUAAUCGAUAACGAGUGAAAAAAAAUGGAGAAAUCUUGUUCUUUGCUGGUACAUUUCGACAAGGGCACACCAGCACUCGCUAAUGAGAUCAAGGAGGCACUCGAAGGGAACGACAUUCCAGCUAAGAUCGACGCCAUGAAAAAUGCAGUUAGGCUUCUGCUGAAUGGCGAAACCCUACCUCAGCUGUUCAUUACUAUAGUUAGAUACGUCUUACCCUCUGAGGACCACACUGUUCAGAAGCUGCUAUUACUCUACUUGGAGAUCAUUGGUAAAACUGAUGCAAAGGGAAGAGUGUUACCAGAAAUGAUUUUAAUCUGUCAGAAUCUCCGGAAUAAUCUUCAGCACCCUAAUGAAUACAUCCGUGGUGUCACCCUAAGGUUUCUUUGCCGGCUUAGCGAAGUAGAGAUAAUCGAACCGUUAAUCCCCUCUAUUAUGUCAAACUUGGAGCACAGGAACCCUUACGUUAGGAGAAGUGCAAUUCUUGCUGUGAUGUCCAUUUACAAGCUCGAGCAUGGGGAGCAGCUAUUGGUUGAUGCUCCUGAGACGAUCGAAAGAUUUCUCUCGACAGAACAGGACCCAUCAGCCAAGAGGAAUGCCUUUCUGAUGCUUUUCAAUUGUGCCCAGGACCGUGCUGUUAAUUACCUUUUAACCAAUGUUGACAAAGUGCCAGACUGGGGUGAACUUUUGCAGAUGGUUGUAUUGGAGCUGAUCCGAAAAGUUUGCAGGACAAACAAAGGAGAGAAAGGGAAAUACAUGAAGAUUAUUUUAUCUUUACUGAAUGCCCCGUCAGCUGCUGUCGUUUACGAAUGUGCCGGAACCCUGGUUUCUCUGUCAUCUGCUCCAACGGCCAUUAGAGCUGCAGCAAGUACGUACUGUCAGCUUCUUCUCUCUCAGAGUGACAAUAAUGUCAAGCUCAUUGUGCUUGAUCGCCUGAAUGAACUCAAGUCUUCGCACAAAGAAAUCAUGGUUGACAUGAUAAUGGAUGUUCUUAGGGCACUGUCUAGUCCAAAUCUCGACAUCCGAAGGAAAACACUUGAUAUUGUUCUGGAACUGAUCACGCCCCGCAAUGUCAAUGAGGUGGUUCUUACUCUAAAGAAGGAAGUUGUGAAAACUCAAAGUGGGGAGCUCGAGAAGAAUGGGGAGUACCGUCAAAUGCUCAUUCAAGCUAUCCAUUCUUGUGCUAUAAAGUUCCCUGAAGUGGCAAGCACAGUGGUUCACCUUUUGAUGGAUUUCUUGGGUGACAGCAAUAUAGCAUCUGCAAUGGACGUUGUUGUUUUUGUGCGAGAGAUAAUCGAAACCAACCCAAAGUUAAGGGUUUCUAUCAUCACCAGGCUUCUGGAUACUUUUUAUCAGAUCCGAGCAGCAAGGGUUUGUUGCUGUGCUCUUUGGAUUAUUGCAGAGUAUUGUCUGUCUCUUUCUGAAGUUGAGAGCGGCAUUGCAACCAUAAAGCAGUGCCUUGGCGAUUUACCCUUCUUUUCUAUUUCCGAAGAUGAUGAAGCUGCUGAUUCUUCAAAGAAAGCCCAGCAGGCAACCUCGAUUACUAUUUCGUCAAGAAGACCGGCUAUCCUUGCUGAUGGGACUUAUGCUACUCAAAGCGCUGCAUCUGAAACUGCUUUCUCCACUCCAGCUGUAGUUCAAGGAUCUUUGACCACAGGGAAUUUGAGAUCUCUUCUUCUCACUGGUGAUUUUUUCCUUGGGGCAGUUGUUGCAUGCAGCCUAUCGAAGCUCAUUUUAAGAUUAGAAGAGGUUCAACCUUCAAAGAUUGAAGUGAAUAAAGCAUCCACCAACGCGUUAUUGGUUAUGGUCGCAAUGGUACAGCUAGGGCAAUCCUCAGUUCUCCCUCACCCAAUUGAUAAUGAUUCUUACGAGAGGAUUGUUCUUUGCAUUAGACUGCUUUGUAACCCAGUGGAUGCUGUGAGGAAGAUCUGGUUGAAGUCUUGUCGUGAGAGUUUUGUUAAGAUGCUUUCAGAUAAACAACUGCGUGAAACCGAAGAAAUUAAAGCAAAAGCUCAGACUACUCAUUCACAGCCAGAUGACCUUAUCGACUUCUACCAUUUGAAGAGUAGAAAGGGCAUGAGUCUGCUGGAGCUGGAAGAUCAGGUCCAAGAUGAUCUCAAACGUGCUACUGGGGAAUUUAUUAAGGAUGCGGAUGAUGCAACUAAGUUAAAUAGGAUCAUUCAACUCACCGGAUUCAGUGACCCUGUGUAUGCUGAAGCUUAUGUGACAGUUCACCACUAUGAUAUUGUCCUUGAUGUUACAGUUAUAAAUAGAACGAAAGAUACCCUUCAGAAUUUGUGUUUGGAGUUGGCUACGAUGGGUGAUCUUAAACUUGUUGAGCGCCCGCAGAAUUAUACUCUAGCACCCGAAUCAAGCAAGCAAAUAAAAGCAAACAUUAAGGUGUCUUCUACUGAAACUGGAGUCAUAUUUGGAAACAUUGUUUACGAGACCUCAAAUGUGUUCGAGCGUACUGUUGUUGUCCUCAACGAUAUUCAUAUUGACAUAAUGGACUACAUAUCUCCUGCUGUGUGUAGUGAUGCUGCUUUUAGAACCAUGUGGGCGGAAUUCGAGUGGGAGAACAAGGUUGCUGUCAACACAACAAUUACAAAUGAGAGAGAAUUUAUUGACCACAUAAUCAAAUCGACCAACAUGAGAUGCCUAACUGCUCUGUCUGCUCUAGAAGGUGACUGUGGAUUCUUGGCUGCUAACCUAUACGCCAAGAGUGUUUUCGGCGAGGACGCUUUGGUAAAUAUCAGCGUCGAGAAACAAGGAGACGGCAAACUUAAUGGAUAUAUCAGGAUAAGGAGCAAAACUCAGGGAAUCGCCCUCAGCUUAGGUGACAAGAUUACCCUCAAGCAGAAGGGAGGGAUCUGAUUAUAUAAUUUUUUUUAUCCCAUUCCGUUAGCUCGUUAAUUUACGUACGUAUACUCAGUUUAUGGCAGCCAAUGGCCGAAGAAAACGGUAAAAGAAUCUUUUUCCGUAAACUACUAAUUCUUUUUCAUGCAAAUCCAUACAAUUGUCGAAUUUUGCUUUUCCAUUUGUGUUUUAAUUUCAAUCUGUUAUGAUCUGCAGGUUUUGCAUUUCAGAUAUAUAUAUAUAUUUGCUUUGACAUUUUUUUUACUAUUUUAAUUUGGGAAAGAUUGGACCAUCUUAUAGAUACUUUUUGGGGAAGAAAUACGAUCGAUUCGGCCGGUUUUUUUUUU